UACGUGUCAAAAUUCCACAAGGUCGUCGGAUACGCCGUGUUCGCCUCCUGUGUUGGCAGUUGGCGUUACGCAUCGUCAACUAGCCCAGGAAUUAUAACGGCAAAAACAAUAAAAUUUUAUGAUCACUUUCCCUUCGACGAUCUCAUGUUUGAAGCCAACAAGGUCUGUCCUACUCGAGGGAUUCCUCGCCUGGCCCGGAGCAAGUUCGACAGAUUCAAAUAUACUGAAAAUGUGCCCCGUUUUGAUCACUUCUGUGGCUGGAUACACAAUACCGUUGGCGAAGAAAAUUAUCGAUUUUUUUUGCUCUUUUUGGUGGUUCACGUCGGAAUGUGCGUUUAUGGUUCUGUCGUUUUGGGCAUGCUCUUCUAUGGAGAAAUCCUGGACAAGGACCUCCUGGAAGCGACAUUUUUCAAUCGGUACACUGGCGAAGAAAUUCAAGCUGAUAAGUGGAUCAUCUUUCAGUACUUGUUCAAUCGCUUCUUUAGCGAGGCUGGCGUCUUUAUGAUCAUGGCUGUUAUGGGGAUCGCUUUGGGUAUGUUCCUUGGCUACCACAUGUGGCUGACGAGCAACGGACUGACAACAAAUGAG